AUGACGCGUUCAUCAAACAAAAGAAGAGGUUUGAUAGAAAAUAUAGGACUUUGCGAGAAGACAAUGGCCGAAAUCAUGCUGAAAGAAAAAGGAAAGGCCUUUCCUGAAAAAGAUUAUAGUGAUCAAAAGAGAAAAUCUACAGAAACUUGUGUUUUUAAAGCACAUCAAAAUACGAAAACUAGUAUUUCACCGUUGUCUGUUCAGAAGAAGUACGACUCAAGAAAAACCCACAAAGCUACAAAUCGCCAGGUAUAUUCUGAAAGACGUCUGCCAAAGAGUUCUCCAGAUAUGGCAACAAAAUUCACAGAAGAAAAUAUAUCUUUUCUACUUUCACAUAUUUUAACAGACGGUAGCGGCCAGCCAACAAACGGAAAGCAAUCCGUUAAUUACCAUAUAUCCACUGAAAUCCCAGAGCAAACAUUCAUUCAAAAACCAACGAAUCCAAUCAAUGUUGCAUCCAAAGAAACCGAUAAAGGGAUUCAACAAACUGGUUCAGUUCAGGAUGUCAAUAGACUUAAUAGUCCAAUUUCAAAAGCUUCUAAGUCAAUUCAGUGCUCAAUUGACAAACCAACUACAAAUUCUGUUGAAAUUCAUUGUGAUAUUUUAAGCGUCAUUAAAAAUGAUGAUUUCUCAUUUGUUCUCGAUGAGAACAGUAAAUUAAUUGCUCAACAGAAAGCACACAUUGAACAUUUAAAGCAUGCUCUAUCAUCGGAACAAAAUAAAGUUCAAGGUCUACAUAGUCAGUUGUGCAAAAAUCAACUCGAAUUUGACAAAGCUAAAUUAGGCUGGUUGCAGAAAGAAAAUCAGUUUAAACUAGAAAAGGACCGGUUUCAUAGAAAGAUCUCUGUUGUUAUCACUGAUAAAGAACAAGUAUCAAAAAAUCUUGAAAUUUCACGAGAAUAUAUAAAACUCUUGAAAGAACGCAUUUCUAUGUUGGAACAGUUUUAUUCAAACAUAAUUCCGAACCCACGUAACUCAGAGCAUUUUUCACAAGAACAAUCUGACAAUUUUCCAACAGAGCGAACGCAUUGCAAACGGUAUCUAAAAAAUAUUGAUUCAAUUAGAUCAACACCAGAUUUAUCAGCUACUUUUCCUACCUUAAGCAAACUUCUUUCUCUCAGUAGUGAAUAUCGAGAUCCUCAUGAAUGUGUGACACCAAAGGUUCUUCAGCGUCUAACUAAUCAAUCAUGUCAAACGAACAAACGUGUUCACAACUACAACAGUUGCGGCACGAACCAACUACAAAAUACAACCAGUCUUGACAAUUUAUAUGAAGGUGAUCGUAUUUCGGUGCAUUCAACGGCUUCAAGUUCAAACGACAUCCGAAAAAUAGUUAAUCACCAAGAAAUCAUAGAGCUUGAUGAUAAAUGUCCCUUAUCUUCUAGUGUAACUUCCAGUAUUUCCCCACUUCAAGUGAUUGACGAAAUGGAAUUUCAAGACAACUUAGCUCUUCUGGAUCAGCGGAUUAACAAUGUUCGGGAGUCACUCAGAUUGAACCCUGUAAUUUAA